UGGCAUCAUCCCUGCUACUACUACAAAGUCCAAAGAAGCCAUAUGCCUAGACACCACCGCUGCAUCAACCGCUAGCAUUCAGCCAAAUAUUUGAUCAGGUUUCCAUCUGGAUCUGAAUGCCGCUUUAAUUACAGCACCUCACAACCCAACAACACCGAUACAGACAUGAAGUUUUUGUUGUGGAAUGGUAACAGUAGGACUAGGAGUACUAAUUCAUUAUCAUACUGUGUUAAAGAGAAUAAACAAUGUAUUGGGUGGUGGGUUGACAAGUAUUUCAAAGAUUGUCUAUGCAAUGUCAAUGACGAAAUUUCAUUCGGAUUCGGAAUCAUAAGCCUUGUCUGUUGGGGGGUGGCGGAAAUCCCUCAGAUCAUCACCAACUUCCGUACUAAAUCCAGCCAUGGCGUCUCGCUCAUUUUCCUCCUAACGUGGAUCGCCGGGGAUAUCUUUAAUCUUGUGGGUUGUCUUCUCGAACCUGCAACAUUACCUACACAGUACUACACUGCAAUUCUUUACACAACAAGCACAGUGAUCUUAGUGUUGCAAAGCUUGUACUAUGAUCACAUCUAUACAUUGUUAAAGUCCCGGAAAGCUGAUUCCAUUGCUGCUAAUCCAGAGGUGGAAGAAGCCAAGAUACCUUUAAUUACAAAUUCUCAAAGUCAUGCCAUCAGAGCAUCCCCAUCUCAACGACGUGACUACUAUUACAUGUCAGCAAGAUCAUUGGCUGGAAGUUCAACUCCACCAAACAGAGGUUAUUUGUGGACAACAAGAAGUGGUCCAGCCUCAGCUAUGGCUAUGGCUGCUGCUGAUGAAGAUGAUGAUCAUCAUUCUUCAGAAGAUGAGUCAUCUCUUGAAAUACCUGCAAAGACUACUUCUCAACCUAGGCCGAUACCCCGCUCUGUUGGUUAUGGAGCAUUUUUGGCUACUUCACUCAACUUUCCUUCACGCACAAAGGGUUUGAUGCAAGUAUAUGCUCACAGGAAGCUUCUACAAGAUGGUGGUGGAAGUGAGGCUGUGUAUGGGCAAUGGCUAGGAUGGAUGAUGGCUGCUAUAUACAUGGGUGGAAGGAUCCCUCAAAUCGCCUUAAAUAUCAAAAGACGCAGUGUUGAGGGUUUGAAUCCUCUCAUGUUCAUCUUUGCUCUCAUUGCCAAUGCAACUUAUGUUGGAAGCAUUCUUGCAAGAAGUAGAGAGUGGGAGAAAAUUAAAGCAAAUAUGCCUUGGUUGCUAGAUGCUGCAGUCUGUGUGGCACUUGAUGCUUUUAUCAUAAUGCAGUAUGUGUACUACAGAUACUUCAUGAAGCCAGAUCUGAACACUGAUGAUGAAUGAAUAUGAAUAGUGUUUACUGAUCUACUCUACUUAGCUUGAUAGGAAGCAAGCAAGAAUUAUUUGUAUGAGGACAUGAUUGAUGUUCACUGUAAAAACAAAGAAUGCUUGUGUUGUUCGUUUUAGAUGAUUGUAUGUUUGGGUAUGUUGUAUGUAAAACCCUGAAUAGGUGGAUUAUGUGGAGUAUAUUUGCGACAGACUUUCUUGGAUGUCACUAAUUGGGUGUUAUGGAGAAG